AUGGAGUAUGGUGUUUAUGUUCAACAUACAUCUGAUAGCAAUAUAAUUCUGGUAUGUCUCUAUGUUGAUGACAUAUUGCUAACAUGGAGCUAUUCAGAUGAUAUAUCUAGGUUCAAGAAGGUGCUGAUGAAUGAGUUUGAGAUCACUGAUCUAGGAAAUAUGAAAUCUUUUAUAGGGAUGGAGAUUUUUUACUCUGAUAAGAGAUUUGAGCUGAUGAACUGCAAGUUUUCAAUCACAUCUGAUGAAAUAAAUCACAAGUUGGAUUCUGAUGUUGAGGGUGAUAAUGUAGAUGCUACAACUUUUAAACAGUCGGUAGGCUCACUGAGAUAUCUUUGUAAUACCAUAAUUGAUAUUUGUUAUGCAUCUGGAAUGGUGAGUAGGUUUAUGAACAAAUUAAAGUGGUCACAUUACCAAGCUGCUGUCAGGAUACUGAGGUUCUUUAUAUACAUAACAAGCUAUCUGGCUUAUGAACUUGCUACAGGAUUUGAAGAUCAAGGUGAACAAGCUUGUGAAGUUGAUGAUUGA